AUGAAGUCAACGCUUCAACAGCUUACCGCUUGGGUGGCACUGAGCCUCGUGCCUCUGGCUUUCGCCCACGGUGCCCAGGAAGACACCGGAGACGACAUGAGUAUCGCCAUGGACAUGUCCCACGGCGCCGCCUCAGCGGAACCGAAACCCGAUGACAGCUAUCCGCCCACCUACUUUGCGCUCGCCGAUCAUGCGGGUGUCAUGUACGCGCACAUCGGAGCCAUGGUGCUCGCCUGGGUCUUCGUCCUACCUGUCGCUGUCAUGCUCUCCGUAGCUCGCUCGAGGUAUACACUUGCGCUCCAAUUUGCCUUCCUCGCCGUGAACGCGCUCGGCGUCGUGUUAGGAACUGUUUACAACGCCAGCACGCCCGAUCUGUACCCGAAUAAUGCCCAUCAUAAGCUCGGUUGGCUCGUCACAUGGGUCGUGUCGGCGCAGGUCCUAAUCGGCUUGUUGGGAAGAGUUGCGGGCUCUUUCAAGGGCGAGAACGAGGAUCGCAACAACAACAACGAGUACCAAUCUUUCAUCCCCGUCUCUGCAGCUGCCAUGGCUGAACACCACCGCAUCAAUGAGUCGCGCUUUGCUCAUGAGUACCGCCUCUCCAAUGACAGCGGACAAGGCACCGAGCCCUGUACUGAGUCUCUCGGUCGCCAUUCUCGUUCCUCCUCGUCCAACGAGGCCUCGCCACGCAUUUCCGACGCCCAUCGAAAGGAGUAUACCGAGGAUGAAGAGGAUCUGGAAGACGGACGACCAAUGCCUAUGCCGAGAACCGGCAAUGGCAUCAAGGCAUACUCAAUUCUCGCUACCAUGACCGGAAAGAUCUCAUCUCGUGUCUGGAAAGUUCUCCUGUUCGUGUACAACUUCGUAGACAGGAUCAGCCUACCUCUGGGUUCCAUCACGCUUAGCUUAGGUAUCGUGACAUACGGGCGAUUCUUCGAGGGUAACGAGAUCUUCAAUGGCCUCGCGCAUUGGAUUAAGGGUGGAAUCUUUUUCUGGCUUGGUUUAUUGACCCUCGGCCGAUGGGCCGGCAGUUUCGGAGAGCACGGAUGGGCCUGGAACGUCCGGCCGAAGCGAACCGGCGGCAAGUGGCGGCCCUCCGCGGAGUUUGUCGAAAGCGCCCUCAUCUUCGUCUACGGCUCGACCAACAUUUUUCUCGAGCAUCUUGGAAACUGGGGCGGAAAGUACAGCGCCCAGGACCUCGAGCAUAUUUCCAUUACCGUUCUCUUCAUCGGUGGUGGACUGCUUGGCAUGCUCAUCGAAUCAAGCCGUAUUCGCGAUCUCUUACACACCUCUGUCAUCGAUUCCGCCGCGGAGGCCUUCGAGCGAACCUACGAUGAUGAGGAGCGCGAGAUUCUCCAACCCCCGAAACAAUACGAGUUCUCCGUCAACCCCAUCCCGGCACUCGUCAUUCUCCUUCUAGGAAUCAUGAUGAGCUCACACACGCAACAUUCGAUGAUUUCUAGCAUGGUGCACAAGCAAUGGGGCAACCUCCUAACUGGCGCCUCAUUCGCUCGCGGCUUCACGUAUGUGAUCAUGUACCUGAAGCCUCCCAAGUCGGUCCUCCCUUCUCGGCCCCCCACCGAGCUUCUGGCGGCUUUCGGGUUGAUCUCUGGUGGCAUCAUCUUCAUGGCUAGUGCCGGCGAUACUGUCGAUGGCAUGAUUCAUUACGGUUUGGACGCCAUGUUCAUGUACACCGUAACCAUGGGUCUCGUGGGCGUUUUGAUGGCCUGGGAGAUCAUCGUCCUCGCCAUCAAAGGCUGGGCGGUGCGCAAGGAGGCCGCGCGGCAGAAUAACAGACUUGCGUCAUUGACAUAA